GGCGUCCGUCCUCUCGCGCUUACUUAUAUCUACCGCAUGCUCGCGUAAACGCUGCGUCCGUCCUCACCCCGCGCGGCGAAGCUAUAGCUCCAUUGGCCGGCCUCUCUCUCCGCUCGUCCUCGUCGAUCCGCCCGCAGCAGCCGAUCGCUCUCUCGCGCACUGCGACUCAGAGUGAGGAAUAUUGAAGGGGAUCAAUCAAUCGGGGUGACUUGUUUUUUCUUUUUUUUUCUUCUUUUUUUUGUUUCUGUUUAUGGUUGCUUUCGCUUUGGCUUGUGGUUUCCACUUGUGGAAACCUGAACAAAGAUUCGGUUUGUUCUUGUGGCUUUCUUGUUGAUGGAUGGAUGGAUGUCGCCGUUGUUAUCCAUCCGGGUGUGUGUAAAGAUUUUGUUCUCUUUUUUCUUUCUUUCUUUUUUUCUGCAUUUUUGCAGGGACCGGCCGGAGCUGCUAGCUCUUCGCACCGCGGCGGCGGCGGCGGCGUUGUUCUUGCCGGCAGCUAUGGAGGAGCAGCCGGCUUCUGGGUGGAGGUGGGGUGUGGUGGGAGAGCCGGAGUGGGCGGCGGCGGCGGCGGACGGCGGCGGUAGCAGCAGCCAGAUGGAUGAUAUGUUAUAUCUAGCCUGCGAAGGCGAAAUUCAACAAUUAUUACAAGGGCCAAGAGAUGAAACAGACAUCUACAAAUGUUUGGCAGGUGAAUCUUAUUUGCUUGCUACAAAGGAGACCGUGACAAUCCAAACACCUCCAAAUCCCAUACUAAAUCUUCUAGAUUUCAUACCUAAGUAUGGUAGUAGAUGUGGCCGGCGAUGUGGCCGCAAGAGAAAACCAUUUUCGUUGAAACCACUUCGGUUUGGAACCACUACAAUUAGAAGACAUCAUCUUAGAAAAAACAAUGAACAUUGGACAUUCAAAGAAAUAACUGAAUUAGUAAAAGGUGUUUCUAAGCAUGGGGUUGGAUCAUGGACUAAGUUGAAGAGAGACUUCUUCUCAACGUCUAUUCGAACUGCUGUUCAUCUGAAGGAUAAAUGGAGAAAUUUGUUGAAAGCUUGUGGAAUCAAGUUCACCUCCAAAAGAAAGGUAAAAGUACAAAAAACAAUGAUACUGUCCCUUGAUAUGGAAUUGGUUGAAGAGAUCAAGCAUUUGGCAAGUAAACAUCCUUACCCAAGACGAAAGAACUACUAGAGUGUGAUGAGUAGUAGAAUCUAGUAGUUGACCAUCAGGAGGGCAGUAUAUAGUUCCUCUGAUCCUCCGCCUUUACCCUUUGUUUUUUGGUCAUUUUGGCUAUCAGUUUCCUCUCUCCAUCUUUGUAAUUUUGUAAUGAUAGUCAAAUUAUUGGGCUCAAACAACAUUAAUUAUCUUCAUGUGUUCUCUUGACUCCUAGGUAAACCAUGGCAGUCCUGCUGGAGUCAUUGGUUCUCUAAUAUUGACAGUAUGUUGACUAGCUGGCCGCAGUAUUUUUUUUGUAAUUAAGGUGCUGCAAAAUUUAUACAAACGUAACCAUUCCCUUUCA